AUGACGAGUUUUGCGACUAAAGCGUUUUGCAGGGUCGAGAGGAUGUGUCACCACCUCCCUGUGGUCCUCAACACUUUUCUGGUCUUCUCGAUCACCGGGGAGGUGAGCUACUUGGUCAUGGUCGAGGCUCCGCUGGAUCCGGAUCAGAAGAAAACGGAGUGGUCCACCUGGUGGAAAGCCGUCCACCUGCUGGCCCAGUAUUUCAUGUUGAUCAACAUCUGCUGGAAUGCCUUACUCUUCACCACGAUCAGCCCCAGCAUUAAAGGAGUAUUUCUGGGAGGAGAGGGCAUGGGGCAGGGAUGGAGGUGAGGAAGGGGCUACUGUGGGACUGAAUACAAACCAGGAUAAUGUUCCAGACUCUCACUAAACAUUACAUUGUGUUUCCCAAAGUGAACAACAGUGUGCGCCUAUAUUGCAUUUAUGUUAUUAUCCAUACUUUCUUUCAGGGUUUAAAACAGGUGUACCAUUUCAACUUACUAGACAUCUUUCUAUUGAAGCCUGCAGUGAUAUUUUAGACCUCAGUGGUCAUUCAACUGUGUGGCUAUGACAGUACUUUCAUACUCUAGAUGUUCAAUUUAACAAAAGCCUUACAGAGCUGCAUUCUUCAUUUGGUGUACAUUAUCUGCAUUUUCACAUCUGUUAAGUGUUCAGAAGGGGAGAGUGGGGUAAGUUGAGCCACCCCCUGUUGCUUGGAAAUGGUAAAAGAAAUUGAUCAUGUGACCAAAUAUUUAGGAGAUGGGCAUCAAUUCAUGGAGUCUGUGAAGGUUAGAAGCACAUGGGUGAAGGGGUUAGACAUUUAUUUACAAAAGAAACAAAACAUUUUUCACUCUUGAAAGUGAAUUUAGUCUGUCAUAAGUUUUAUUACAAUUGUGUUCAGACCUAAAGAGUUCAUUUUAAAUUUGUGUUACAGUACCAAAUCCAUGGCCAAUUUUCACUCCAGUUAAUCAAACACUUGUAUUAGCUGCCAUAUGUUAAAUGUUGGUACAGAUUGGUUUUGCAUGAACCAGUUGAUCCAUAUAACAGUUUUCUUAUGAGCGUAGAAAAAUACCCAUCUUGCUACUCCAGAUAAACAGACUGGUCACAGCUAAGAAACCUCACCACCUGUUCUCCAAGUCUGUCUUUUUAAUUGGGGUUUAUUUUUAAAGGCCAAUUUCAUCUAUUAAAUUUAUGUUCAUUGUCACCACCUUUGACAAUAACUUUUAAUGUAUUUCUUCUUGUUUCCCAUACAGAUACUGUUAUACAUGCGAGACGCACACUCCUCCUCGCUGCUCCCACUGCUAUGAUUGCAAUGUGUGUGUGCUGCGCAGAGAUCACCAUUGCGUUUUUUUUGGCCGCUGUGUAGGCUUCCGUAAUUACCGCUACUUCCUGAGCUGCUUGUUAUUCAUGUGGUCUGGACUCCUGUAUGCCACGCUGAUGAAUGCAGAGGUCUUCAUUGUCAUACUGAAGGAGGGUGUGACUGUGCACAGCGUCCUGCUGCUGCUCAUACCCUGGAUUAUGCUAGUUUCAGGUAAGAUCUGGUUUAUGCCUUAUUGACUGACAUACUUGUUACAUGUUUCACUGGCAGCUGUUAAAUCAGUACUGUUGUUCUAUCUCUCUCCAGGCCAGGUCUCAGCACGUGCCUUUGCCUUCGCCUUUAUCGCUGACACGUGUGUUGUGGGUUUCCUGCUGGUAUCUGCCUUUUUCUUCUUCCAUCUCUUCCUCAUGUUUCGGGGACAGACCACCAGGGAGUGGUACUCAAACCGACGGCCCUACAGCCUGGGACUCCUUGGUAACUUACGCCAAUCUCUGGGUCGUCGCUGGUACAUCUGUUGGCUCAGCCCACUCAUCCCAUCACCUCUACCUGGAGAUGGAAUCACUUUCAAAGUCACAGGAUCCUUGGAUCCCACUCGGUAA